ACCGCGGAUGACCCCAGUGCCCGGUACAAAGUGGUUGCUGUCCAUCUAUGCCAGGGUGGUGGCUUCGAGGCUAGAUGAGACCAAGGCCCGGAUCACCUCCAUCUUUGGCUCAAUCCUGAAGAUGGACUCAACAAAGAAGGUGAUCAAGAAACUAGCUGGUGCCGCGGCAGGAACGGCAGCCUGGGUGACCAACGUGGGGAACGAGCACGGCCAGAUCUUGAUCAGCGUCCUCACUGCAGCCGAGGGCGCUGGCCUGCACCCCAUGGCCACCGGGCUGAUGCGGCGAUACCGUGAUGCCAGUGUGUCCCCGCCUCUGGUCCUGUAUGUGGACCGAGACUGCUGUUCCCACGGGGGACCCUGCAAGGUGUCCCUCUUAUUCAACCAGUGGGAUCAGCUGGUGGUGCGGCUCGACGUGUGGCACCUGAUGCGACGCUUUGCAGCGGGUGUCACCACGGAGAGCCACCCACUGUACAGCCUCUUCAUGGCGCGUCUCUCGUUCUGCAUCUUUGAGUGGGACCAGGGAGACGUCGCCAGGCUGCGACAGGCCAAGGCUGGCGAGGCGGGGAACGAUCCCCGAGGCUCCGGCUACGGAAAGAUCCCACUAAAGGAGCUGGCCCGCCACUGCCGCCGCCGCACACGUGGGGCGGAGGAGACGGGCCGGCUCAUCGACGAGAUGCUGGAGGCCUUCGGGGACGCCACUGACACCAUGGGUAUCCCGCUUUUGGGCCGCGCAAAAAUACAGGAAAUAUGGAAAACUCAGAGGCGCCACCUCCACUGCAUCCAGGACCCACCCGGCGUGCACCUGUACAUGCAGACCGGGCAGCUGGUCAAAGGGGGAAUCACGCUGCCGGUGUUCAGGUGUGGCCGUGGUUCAACUUCGUUGGAGUCGUUCCACCUGCAUCUGGACCGCUUCAUACCUGGCAAGGGUGCUCAGAAACCUGUUCUUUGUGACCUGUGUUGUGCGAGGGAGUGGGUGGCAUUGCAUUUUUAUCUCUGUGUCUCUCUCUCUCUCUCACUCACUCACCGUGUCUUUCAGGCACUUCAGCCAGCGCGGCCCACUUUCAGGCCUAUCUGCUGGAAGGCCUGGCACGGUGGAACGAGGACCGUGCGGCAAAAGCAGUGGAGGAAGGAGACCGUGAUAUCGUCUGCUACAGUGGCCAACUCCAGCACUCCGUCAACGAGCUGAGCGACAUUGUAUAUCGCAUGAAGCUGGUUGACGAUUACACCCGGCCUGCGAAGUACACUGGUGAGCUCAUAGGUAUCGAGUACCUAUUUUCGCAGACCGGUCGAGUGCUGGAGGAAGUGAUGGGCAGGGAUCCCGACGCUCCGGAUGGGACUGAUACAGACGACGACGAUGACAGUGUCGACGAGGGCUUCCAAGAGGACGAG